AUGGAGCCGGAUGGGAGCAUCGAGUCGGCGUCGGUGAUCCGCGUGGUGGUGCUGCAGGUGGGCGAGAUCACCGCGUCUGCCUUCCGCACCUACUCCAGCCUCAUCAUGAAGCACAGAGUGAUGCCGCUGCAGGGCGUGUUCGGGUACUACAAGGAGCACCAGAAGAGCCCCUUCUCGCACCAGCCGUGGACGACGGGGUCGCUGCGCUUCAACUUCAUUCUGGGCGGCAGCAGCCGCAGCCCCUGGCAGGAAUUCGUGGCGCAGCGCAAGAUCCACGGGGUGAUAGGUGUGUGCCACUGCCCACGCAUGCCAGACACAGCAGCGGCGUACGAGGAGUUUGUGCUGGCGUGCAAGGCGUACCCCCUCGCUCAGGUCAAGCGCUGCAUUGCCUUCGACCCCACCACAGAGCAGAUGGCAGAGGAGGACCCGCAGCGGCGCAACCUGGUGAUUCUGUCGGGGGCGGAUCAGCAGCGGCUGGAGGCGCUGCUGGUGUCGGUGAUGCACGACUUUGCUGCGUGUGUGCUCAUGGCACUCGAGAGCUGGGUGCUGCACGUGGACCCCAUCGCGGCUAUCUUCCUCUCUCCCCUUGACAACCCUAAUGUCACACCUAACGAGGACGCGGCGCGGCUGAAGAAGAAGCGGUUGGCGCGCAUACAGAAGGCCAUCGGGGACUACUGCCUGCUGGCUGGGUCGCCUCUUGAUGCGCGCAACCACUACGGCACGGCCAUCGAGCUUGGGCGCCUCACUAACAGCACCGACCCCCUCUGGCUUGCAGGGGCUUUGGAGGGCCACGUGAGCACUCUCGCGGUGGAGAAGGGGCGGUGGGACGAGGAGUUGGAGGAGGAAAUUCGCACCAAGUACAGCGAGAUCGUGCCACUCUACCGCAAGGCGGGUGCAAUGAUCUUUGAGCUCGAAGCUCUCAUCAAGGUCGCCAGAUUCAUCUGCCGCAAGGAGAUGGCGCGCGAUGUGGUGGAUCUGCUGGCACAGGCGGUGGAGACGGGGCGAGGGCUGCAGAACCCCAGUGAUCUCCUCGUGCUCUACAUUGAGGUGGCGCGCAUAUUCCAGCAGCUGGGCUACGAGCGCAAGGCGGCAUUCUUCACGCGGCAGGUGGCCAAGCUGUACGAGCAGCAGGAGUCACGCUUCGCCGCUGUCAGCGCCCUGCAGGUGCUGGCCCUGGCGUCUACAUCGUACAAGGUGCAGUCGCUCGCACUCUCCCCCGUUCCCUCCCCCGCCCUCGCUGACACUCCCCGUGGCACAGCACCAGGAUCAGCAGCAGCAGGCGGAGGCGGGGGAGGAGGAGUGGGAGCAGGAGGGGUGGGGGGAAAGGCAGGGGGGAAGGGCAGCAGGGCGGGGGUGACGGCAUUAGAGAGCAGUGCGCCACCGUUGGGAGGGGGGCAGUGGAGCAGACUGCAGAUGGAGCUGUUGAGUGACAUGCUGGCCGUUGCUGUGCGCGCCGGUGAACCCCUCGCUGCCUGGGCUGCUGCUGCUCGCCUGCUAAGAGGAUUCUACCCCCUCAUUCUGCCACAGAGCCAGGAAUCGUUGGCUCAAGCGCUCACAUCGGCCAGUGAGAGGCUACCAGCUGGCACUUGCUGCCCUGACCUUGCGCUUCCCUUCGUCAGGUUCCAUGCGUUCGCAACAGCCCCCCAGCAGACCCAAGUCGUGAAGCGCACGCGAGGCAAGCGCGACUGGUGGGUGGGGGCGGGCGGGGGAGGCCCGUUCAUCUACACGCCCUUCACCACGCGGGCGGCCAACGUGAAACCCGACAUGGUGUGGAUCGUGGGCGAGGUGGCUCAAGUCAUCAUCGAGCUCUCCAACCCCUGCGCCUGCGCUGUCGAUAUCGAAUCCAUCUAUCUGAAUGUCGACGGGGAUUUUCAGCCGUUCCCCGCGUCGCUCUCUCUUCGGCCGAACACGUACUCUCAUCUGCUCACGCUCUCGGGCUUGCCGCGGUCGCCGGGGGUGAUUACCGUCCUGGGCUGUUUUCUGCAGUCGUUCGGGGUUCUUACGGACCAUCGAUUCGCCGACACGACGAUCACGACCGUUGCUGCAGCGGCAGGGAGCGCGGGAUCGGGAGCAGGGCUGCCGUUGAUUCCGGGCAUGGGCCUGGUAGAUCCGUUUUCGCCCGCUGCUGCUGCGUCUGUGGCUGCUAAUUCCGCUGCAGCAGCUGCUACAGCCACCCCUCUCUCCGCCCCCACUAUCUCUGCUACCUCCUCUCUCUCUGCAGCGGCAGCGGGUGUCGACACUGCGGUUAAGAGCGGUGCCAGCGCUGGGCGGGGAUUCUUGGCCUCUUCUCCCAUCCCGUCCACCUCUGUCCUGCCCGUGCUCGAUAUUUCUGUGCUGCCCGAGCUUCCACUAUUGGUUGCAACGGCGGAGGAUGGCGACGGGGCAGCUGCGGUUCUUUUCGACGGGGAGGUUCGAGAAAUCUCGGUCAAGCUGGUAAAUUCCAGUCGAGUGCCCGUAGUGGACGCAUUUGUUUCCGUUGCUGGCAGGCAAAAGCGGCACCUGAUCGUUCUCGGGCAGGAAAAACUUGCAGCAGCACUGCCCCUGCUUCCGGGGGCUGCAGUCACCCUGCCCGUGAAAAUCGUGGCCCAGUUCCAACCAGAGAGUUCGGAAGAUGACGAGGAUGAUGUGGGAGGGGGGGAGGGCGGAGGGGGGGCAGAGCAGAGCACGAGCAGCAAGGAGGAAGAUACAGUGAACCUGGUCGUGCAUUACGCAGGCCCAGACAAAGACCCCGAGAGUGAUCCCGUCACCCCAGCAGCACCAACCCCUGUCUCCAAAUCCGCUACAGCCAGCAAGGAGAAGGAGAAGGAGAGGAAGGACGAUGCAGUGCCGGGGCGGCGGCUGUCGUUCCCCAUCAACCUGUGUGUGCGGCGGGGCCUGUCCCUCGUGCGCGCGCGCCUGCUUGUCACCGGAGGCGUCACUCCCGCCGUGCAAUCCGACGGGGGGGUCGCCAGCACUGGUGCUGCCGGUGGCGGUGCUGCUGGUGGUGGUGCCAACCUUGCUGCGUCUGGCCGUGGUGGUGGGGCCGAGGCAGGCUUAACGUGGGGUUCCCAGGCGAAAGGAGCGGGAGCGGGGGGAGGAGGGGCGGGAGUGAGGAAGGGAGUCGGAGAGAUGGAGGUGCCUGUGAGACAAGCCAAGGGGCUGCGGCUACUGGACCUUGAGGUGUGGAACGGCACUGACUCUGCCUUUGAUGUCUCCGUGCUCGUUGACCCCCCUGCCCCCCACGACCAACCCAGCACCCCCGCUGCUGCUACUGCCCCUGCUGCUGCUGCACCUCCCACUGGCGCAGCUGCAGGAGGAGCAACAAACGCAUCCCCAGCAGCAUCAGCAGCAGCGUCGGCAUCAGCAGGGUCCCUGCUAGCGGCCAGUCUGCUCCCCCCGGCAUCCAACCUGCAGGCCUCUCUAGAGGAAGCUUCCCUCCUCGCCUCGGGUGGCUCUGUCUCCCACUCCCGCAUAGGACGAGACUGCGCCGCCCGCCUCCUCAUCCCGCUCGGCGGAUUCGAUUCCCUCCUGGGCUCCGAAGCAGAGGCCGCCCUGGCAGUACUCCACCACGAGGAGCAGACGGGCGGCGACACCACCGUGCGGCGCCAGCUGGCACUGGGCCUCGGGCCUAUCCCGUCGCCGUUCACAACCAUCAUCAAUGCGAUCUGCUCGCGGGUGAAGGUGCGGUGGCUGUCGGCACGGAAUUUCCGCGGGGAGGUGAGGAUCAGAGAGGCCGUAAGGGCCGUGGUGGAGAGCCAGGCCGUGGCGGUGCUGCUGCCUGAUCCCCUCGCGUUCUCCUUCCGAGUCACUGCUCCUCCUCUCACUGCUGCUGCUGCUGUUGGGGUUGGAAGUGCUGGGAGAGGUGGCAAUGAGCAGAGGGAAACGUCAGGGCUUGCGGCUGGUGAUGCUUGUGCUGCGAGGGAAGGAGGGAGUGGGGGAGGGGGGGCUGGGAAUGCAGACGGGGCAGCAGCCGGAGGGAGUGGAGGAGGCGGGGCGGGGUUCAGUGUGACGAGUGCGUUGGAGUUCACAACAGUAGAGCUGACAGUGACCAAUCAGAGCAAGGGCAAGCUGGCUGUGAGCGUGAGCGUGACGUGUCGCGACGUCACUGGCGAGACGUGCGUGGGAGAGGCCACUCAGAAGCAGCACGUCAUGUGGGCAGGCACACUAAACGGCAUCGACGGAACACUAGACCCCGGGCAGUCGCUGCACCACAAGCUGAGUCUCUGCUUCCUCGUACCAGGAGAGUACACGCUCUUUGCAGCCGCCGUGGUGGACAACCAGGGCCCCUCGCCCACCUCGCUGCUCACUUACAUCCCUCCCACCCAUGCACACCCCACAGGCACAUUGAACGGCAUCGACGCCACAUUGGACCCCGGCCUGUCCCUGCACCACAAGCUGAGUCUCUGCUUCCUCGUACCGGGAGAGUACACGCUCUUCGCAGCCGCGGUGGUGGACAACCAGGGCCCCUCGCCCACCACCCUGCUCGCCUCACACGCACAGUUAGCAGGGCGAGCGGGGCACACGCAGAACCCCAACCCGUGGUGGGCCGUGCUGGAUGCUAGCCGGCGCCCACAGACCAUCUGCUGCACCAGCCUGCCCCAUGCCAUCACUGUGCUCGGCGCUGCUUAG